UGGAAGUUGAACAAACAAAAGAUACUGAGCUUAAUAUGGCUAAGAGGCCAGGUGUUGGCACGCUCGGGAUAACUAUCCGGCAUAAAUGCAAUUACUAUAGGAUAAUAAGGUUUCCGGAUGUUUCCAUAAACCAUUAUAGUUUCGAUAUUACCCCUAAAGCAAAUAAAGAUACAAUCGCGUAUGUUUACGAUAAACUAGCUCUCCAAAAUGGGUUUAACGCCGUUUUUGACGGUAACACCUCAAUUUAUUCGGUAUCUCCUUUAAAUCUCGAGAAUGAGAGAGGAGGGAACCAUUUUGAGAUGCAUAUAUCGCAGAGUGAUAGUAUUAGAGUUCGUAAUGGUACUUAUAAAGUUGUUAUUCGUUUCGUUCAAAAACUUUCAUUCGAUGAACUCCAAAACUAUGUUUCGGGAAGAAAUGCCUCCAUCGGUGAAGUUAUUAAAUGUAUCAUGGCGCUGAACGCGUUUAUAAAUUUUACCGUUCGCCGGAAUUAUCCUGCCAUUGGAAAAAGUAUUUUCCCACACCCAAAGCAAAUCGCUCAUUCUGAUAUUGACUUAAAUCCAAUAAUUCUUCCUGGUGCACUUGAAUUAAGACGAGGAUUUUAUCAGUCAUUACGUCCCGUAUGGAAUACCUUGGCAAUAAAUCUAGAUAUUUGUGCAAGCGUAUUUUAUUUAGGGGGUCCCUUCUUAGAUGUAGCUGCAAGGUUACUUAAUAAACGUAAUAAAGACGAAUUUCGACAAGGGCUGUUAUCACGUGAUUGGACAAUAUUGUCAAAAUUCGUAAGACGUCUAAAAAUACGUACCAUUCAUCGUGGUCAACGUAGGCCUGUUUACAUGGUUCGAAAAUUAUCAACUGAACCGGCUGAUCGAUUAUAUUUCAAAAUAAAUGAAGCGAAUGUUUCUGUCGCCGAGUAUUUCUUUAGGACGUAUAAUCGUCGGUUAAGUUUUGAAAAUUUACCAUGCCUUUUGGUAAGAAACGACGUAUAUUUACCACUCGAAGUGUGCGACAUUUUACCUGGCCAACGAUUCGAUGGCCAAUUAGCUGAUAUUGCCCAUGCAGAUAUGAUUAAGCAUACUUGUAUUAAACCCGCAGAAAGGUUCAAUCGUAUCUCAAAAGCAGUUAAGGAAAUCUUUAAACACAACAGAGAUCCGCAUAUAAGCUCUAUUGGCAUGGAUGUUGAUGGAGAAAAUAUGACGAUUGAUGGCCGCGUGCUUACUCCGCCAACAGUCGAGUUUAAUUCUAAAAGUGUAAAUCAAACACAUGUCCCUAAAGAUGGCCGAUGGAACCUUGUAAAUAAAAUAGUUGUUCAGGGAAAAAGUCUUGAAAAUUGGUCGGUAUUAGUUUUUGGUACAAGAGUGCCAGAACAAAGUAUAGACCAGUUCAUGCGACAAUUUCGAGAAACUGCUAGUCAAAAGGGUCUGAACGUAUCAAACAGACCGAAGAUAUCGUUUACUAAUCCCAUAGGAAAUGUUCAACAAACCGGUCCUCUAUAUGGUGAGAUAAAACGCGUAGGUGAUACUAUUUUAGGCGUACCCACACAAGUUCUCUUGUCAAAACUUGUCACAAAACGUGGAGGGCUUGAUCAAGUUUGUGCAAAUAUAUCCCUUAAAGUAAAUGUGAAGUUAGGAGGGAAAAACAGUUUAUUGUCCAGAGGACAACUAAAUUUUGUCUCUCAAGUCCCGACAAUGAUAUUUGGAGCAGACGUGUUCCAUCCUGGCAGAGGGGAACGUAAACCCAGUGUAGCCGCUGUUUGUGCAUCCAUGGAUGUAGACGCCAUUGUAUAUUCUGGACGUUAUAGCGUUAAUAAAGUACCCCGCAAUGAAACCAUAGAAUGUCUUGAAGAUAUGGUAAACGAUUUGUUUCGUGCCUUUUGGGAAAGAAAUAAAUCUCUUCCAAACCGUAUACUCUUUUAUCGUGAUGGAGUGUCAGAAGGUCAAUUUCAACAUGUGCUAAAUAUUGAAGUGAAAGCAAUUAAAGCAGUUAUAUCACGUUGCUACAAACCUGAGUCGGAACCUACUCUUACGUUUAUCAUCGUACAGAAAAGACACCAUACACGGUUCAUGCCUGAGAAUCCUCGUGAUGGCGACAGACUUGGAAACUGCAUCCCUGGCACAGUUGUCGAUACCUCAGUAGUUGUUCCUCAUGAAUUCGAUUUUUUUUUACAAUCUCAUUGCUGUCUACAAGGAACAGCUCGUCCUAUCCAUUAUAAUGUUUUGUAUGACGAACAUAAUUUCUCGGCUGAUGAAAUACAAACACUUACAUAUAGACUCUGUUAUCUUUCGGCGAGGUGCACGUUAUCAAUAUCACUCGUACCACCUGUGUAUUACGCACAUUUAAUUGCAAAUCGUGCAAGGCACUAUCUUAAGUGGGAGGAAGAAAGUUCAGAAAUAAGCGGUGCGAGUAUAUCUUCAAUUUCAGACGUUAAAGAUGUGCUACAAAAUUCCAUGUUCUUUAUUUGA